CUCUCUCUCUCUCUCUCUCUCUCUCUGCUUCUCAUCUUUCGAGCUGCUGCGUUUCUCUGCACUCUCCAAGCCACUGCAAUGGCAACUGAAGUUUUUAGUAAGCAGAAAACCAUCGACUUGAGAAAGAAACACAUUGGUCCCUCAUGCAAAGUUUUCUUCAACAAUGAUCCCAUCAAGAUCGUUCGAGCCAGAGGACAAUAUAUGUACAAUGAAAAAGGCGAGCAGUACCUGGACUGCAUCAACAAUGUUGCCCAUGUGGGUCACAGCCACCCAGAAGUGGUCCAGGCUGGAGCAAAGCAGAUGGAGCUCUUGAACACCAACUCACGUUUCCUCCAUGACAACCUUGUCCAAUACGCACAACGCCUCCAAGCCACGCUGCCUGAAAAGCUCUCAGUCUGCUAUUUUACCAACUCAGGUUCUGAGGCCAAUGACCUGGCCUUAAGACUGGCUUGGCAGUACACUGGCCACAAAGACAUCAUCACACUGGACCAUGCCUAUCAUGGUCAUGUGUCAUCACUCAUUGAUAUUAGUCCCUACAAGUUUCACCAGUUGGGAGAGUGUGAGCAAAGCCAACAUGUGCAUGUGGCUUCAAGUCCAGACAUCUAUAGAGGGAAAUACAGGGAGGACCAUGCAGACCCUUCAACUGCUUAUGCAAAUGAAGUUAAAGACAUAAUUGAAAAAGCUCAUGCAAAAGGACAUAAGAUUGCAGCUUUCAUUGCUGAGUCACUGCAGAGUUGUGGAGGACAGAUCAUUCCUCCAGUGGGUUACUUCCAGAAAGUGGCACAACAUGUGAGAAAGGCUGGAGGUGUCUUCAUUGCUGAUGAGGUUCAGGUUGGAUUUGGAAGGGUAGGCACCCAUUUCUGGGCAUUCCAGCUGCAAGGGGAAGACUUUAUACCUGACAUUGUCACUAUGGGCAAACCGAUUGGAAACGGACAUCCAAUGUCAUGCGUGGUUACCACCAGAGCAGUUGCUGAAGGUUUCAUGUCAUCUGGAAUGGAGUACUUUAACACAUUUGCUGGGAAUCCUGUAUCCUGUGCUAUUGGGCUAGCUGUACUGGACGUGAUUGAAAAGGAGGACCUUCAAGGCAAUGCCCUGCGAGUAGGGAGUUACCUGACAGACUUGCUGGAGAACCUGAAAAAGAAACAUUCUUUAGUAGGAGAUGUCAGGGGGUGUGGCCUUUUUGUUGGAGUGGAACUAGUAAAAGAUCGGCUUAAAAGAACCCCUGCAACAGCUGAGGCUCAGGAUGUCAUAUACAGAUUGAAGGAUCAGCGAGUUUUAUUAAGCGCAGAUGGACCACACCGUAAUGUCUUGAAGUUUAAACCACCUUUGUGCUUCUCCAGAGAGGAUGCUGACCUGGCAGUAGGACAAAUUGAUCAGAUUCUAACAGACCUUGAGAAUGCUUUGGACCUUGAGAUGUCUGACACUACAGACCAUGUGAAUGCACAAAACAAGCGCAAGGAGUCAGUUGAAGAAAACGGGCAUGGUGUUCAUUCAGGUCAUGUCAGUGACAACAGUCACAUAAACAAAACUAACAAAAGACGAAGAAAAUAACAAACCUUGUUCUUCUUUUAACAUUGUAUAUCAUAACAUUGUAUAUUUGUUAGAAGGCCGGCCCCAGGACCAAAUGCAACCUGCGGCUUCACUCUUUCAUUAUUUUUUGCUUUCACGUGAUGGUGGCAGCAGACUAUGUCACCCUGUGUUAGCUUAUGUGUUAACUAAUUUACUGAAUAACAUUAAGUCAUGUGUACAGACAAAAAGUACACAGUGAAAAGGACAGAUUUCAAUAGAGCUGGAAAUACUGCUUUCAACCACUAAGCAUUUUAAACGGUUAAAUCCUUAGCUAAAGCAGUCAGUGUCAUUUAUCUUUCUGAAACAUAAGAGUAAACUCUACUAUAUUGGACCUUUACAUUUUUUGGUGACCAGUUUUUCAGAUAUAAUAAUAAAUUGUUUAAAAAUAUUUUGGAGAACCUUCUUAUAUUAUUAGUUAUGCAUUAUAUAGAAAUCAUAUGUACAUCAUAUGCAGAUCAAGAUUAGUCUUUUAAUAUUAAUUUCCAUGUUUUAAUGGAUUUAUCAUAUGCCUCAUGAUCUGAAAUAAUCGGGGGUUACAAUUUUAUUUAAUUUUUUUGUCAGGGAAUGGAACUGGUGCUAACUAUUUAUAAUAUAAUGUCUGGUGGCAAGUAUAUAUUUUAGAGGAUUUUUAAGUAUGGUGUUCAAGAAUAUCCAUUAAAAAAUAUUGUAAACUAAUGCAGAAUAUAAAGAUAGAAUCAGUAUCACAUAGUAAUGAAAGGCUGAAAAUUAUUUUUUUUUUCUUUUUUUUUUUUAAAUGAAAGAAUAGGGACAACGUGUAAAAAUGCACCCAAAUCAAAUGUGCAAAGUUCACACUGUUCUUGUUCAUGCAAACAUUACAUGCUGUAUUAAGCAAGUGUACUUACUCCUCUGCGUGCACUCACUGAACGCAGCCGCUGGUGCGUGAGCUGUUGACAUGAGCACACGCUCAAGUGAGUGCACUCAGCUACUUUCAGCAUGACCUCACAUGAGCAGAACAGCUUGUGAAACGCUGGCCUGUCCAGCUGUAAUGAAGUGAAAAAGACUUUAAAAUGUGCUGCAUGGAGGCCAAUCACAGAAAAAAAACAAGUGAUCAAUUAUAACUAAAUGUUAUUAAAAUAUAUAUUUCCUAUUUGAAGAUUUGUAGGACUGUAAUUACUUGAAAAAUCUUGUGCAAGAUAAAAAUGUGGUGUGACCAAUAAAGUAUUUAAGAUA